AGAUUUUAUGAACUUGCAUAACACACACACAUUGAAUUUGUAUUACCUGUUUGGAAUUUAUCAUUGUUGUCAUGACUUAUUUUAUGAUCAAAAUGUUUAUUAAAAACAUUGUGUUGGUACGAGUUGAGAAUGGUUUUGGGGUGGUAUUGUUCAAUUUGCAUGAUGGCCCAGUUUAAUUAUCAUAUCUCUGGAUUUUAGCGAGGGUGUGUGUGUUGGUAAGGGACAAUGGUAAUGUUUAGAUGACAGACCCCCUGACGAUGAUCCUCUGGGUUACAACACUGAUCAUCACCACUGUCACAGUAGCAAACGCCACGCCCCACCUUAAAAACUGCCUACGCAAAGACAUUUCCGAAGACCUUAAGCUGGAAUACACUUGCCCCUACAAGUUUCCAAACGUCUGGAUCAGAUUAACGAAGAAAAACCAAAUUUUACUGCAGUACAAGAACUGCAAGGCGAGUCUUAACAGUGACGACUUGAUACCGGAAAUCGAGUUGUCCCAGUCCAGAAAAGUCCUAAUCGGUCACAUUUGUCAAGAUUACGAAGUCACUAGGGUCUUGAGGAAGUUCAAUGUGACCAAAUUGAAAACUUUGAGCUUGAGCAACGGGGAAAACCUGAAAUUUUCAAAUGACUUGAUCGGGUUUAGACCCGAACUGGAAAAAUUGACUAUAAGUUACGUCCAAAGGAUCAGCAUUGACACAGGGGUGUUAAGAAACUUCCCGAAUCUACUUGAAUUGAAUUUAAAACAGAUCGGGGAUGAGGUGGUUGGAAUUAAUUUUUCACACGUCACCUCUUUGGAGUAUCUUAGUUUGGCAUAUAAUGGAAUCAAGGUGCUUCCCAAGCACUUUCUGAAUCAUUUAAAAAACUUAAAAGAACUAGAUUUGCUGGGGAACAACCUGGAAGAGGUCCACAAAGAUCUUUUUACUGGAUUAAACCAGUUGGAGGUCUUGGAGCUGAGCCACAACAAAAUCAAAACUAUUAGUGAGGACCUGUUUGCCAGCUUACCUAACUUAAAAAAGGUGUUUAUAGAGCAAAACAAUAUAACUAAAAUUCAUGGAAAUAUUUUUGCAAAUAAUCCUUACAUCGAGACAAUGAGUCUGAACAAGAACACUUUCCUGCAAGAAAUCCACCAAAACACCUUCAAAAACGCUUCAAGUUUGAAAAAGUUACUUCUAAGUUCACUAUGGAGACUCCCAAAAGUACCAGAUAAGAUUUUUGCGGACUUAAUAAACCUGGAAAGUCUGGAUCUCUCCUAUACUAACAUAAGCUACUUGCCAAAUAAGUUGUUUGCCAAACAAACCGCCCUGGUGUAUUUGAAUAUCAGCGGAAACACUUUUACCACCCUUAAUAAUGACACUUUUAGAAGUUUGGAGAAUCUUGAGGUGCUACGUAUCAGGGAGAAUCCCGACUUAAGUACUCUGGAUGAAAAUAUCUUUUUGCCGUUGAAAAGGUUGAGGCAUCUGGAUUUGGCAUGGAACAAUCUUAGCCAAUGGGAUAUGGACUGGUUUUGUAAUGGACAGUGUCGGUCUUUGAAGGAAGCUAAUUUUCACUUGGACAUUUUGGAUUUGAAUGGGAACAGAAUCAAGGAGGUGCCCCGGGAAGGGGUUUUGGAUGUGGGUAAUUUGAGUCUGGAUUCGAACCUUAUUGAGGAGAUAAAGCUGGAAGAUCUUCUACAGUAUCACCCUUCCAUGGUCACCCUAACGAAUAACCUAUUAAGAACAAUCAACCUGAACCUCAAAGAGAAAACCCUGGACUCACUGACCAAAGUCCAAAUAAACAUAAACAAAAACCCUCUGGAAUGUGGAUGUGCGAACUACGAUUUGCACAAGUACAACCACGGAGGUCUCAAAGCCGUUCGUUCGCACAUAGAUAUUAUCCAGAACGAGGUUUCGUGCGCUAAAACUGGCCUAAAAAUCACAAAAAUCCGGUUCUGUGAUGUCUGUUGUCCUAUAAAGGAGAUUCCGGCGCAUCCAUGCACCUGGAUAAGGGAGUGCGACGGCGGCGUAUCGGUGAAUUGUUCUGGAUCGAAUUUUACCGAAUUAUCCGAAUCUUUGUUGGAUAUUCGGGGGUUUGGUGCGGAGAUUACCCAACUGGAUUUUUCCAGGAAUAUGGUUAGUGAUGUACGAUGGCUGCCUGGUAACGUAAAAAUGCUCAACUUAAGCCACAACCGACUGAAAACAAUCCACAGCACCACCCUUGACCUGUUCAAAAGCAUAAAAAGUCUACGGACGCUAAAUCUGUAUGGAAACCCUUGGGAAUGCGACUGUCCCCUCAUAGAGUCCAGAUUAUACCUUUUAAGCCAUUUAAAAAUGAUCAACAUCUCCCAUAUCCCUUGCAUUAGCGAUGAAGACAUUUGCCUGCGCGCAUAUUUAACCAACUCAAUACCCAUCACGAUCAUGCUCGUUCUUCUGUUAUUCGCCAUUAUUCUGAUAUUUUACUGUAGGUACAGAACUGACGUGCAUAUAUGGUUCAUAACCCAUAUUCUCCCUUAUCUACAGUCCUCAGAUGAUGAUGAUCUGUACAGUUAUAACGUGUUCGUUUUCUUUCCGAAGCAAGCGUUAUCAGUGGGGGCCGAAAUCGUGCAUAAACUUGAAAAAAUGAGUUUGAAUGUUAUACACGAGUACCGAUGGCCUCUAGGAGGUACCACCACGGAGAACAUCAUCGAUAGUAUUAAGAAUUCCAAGAAGAUCCUCAUCGUAUGGUCCAUGGAGUGUUUGGAGGAUGCCAUAGUGAGGUUUGCGUUCGAGAAAUCUCAUUCUAUUUGCCUUAAGGAGGCUCGGGCGGAUCUUAUUUUGAUUUUUAUCGGGGAUUUGGAUCUGGAUAAGAUCCGUAAGGAGUAUCCAGAGUUGGGGAGAUACCUUGGUUCCUGGACAGCGAUUAAAUGGGAUGAUAACGACGGCUUUUGGUAUAGUUUGAAAAAGUCUUUGGGUCUGAUGACGCUCAAUACAAACUUGCUCGACAAUCCGAAAAUGCCUCCGACAUCGUCACCUCCAAGACUACUACUCCUCACGCUAACACUCCUCACGCCAACACUCGCUCUAUACCAAUGCGACAACGUCGACCACAAAAGCUGUUUCUGCUUCAGCUCUGACAAGACGGAAAUCCAGUGUCCGCGCGAUACCGAUCCAGAAAUCAGCUUGACCAUAUCCAGACAAGGCAGCGCCGUAUUACAAUGCAUGCAGGGAACCGAUCCGAUCCUAAAUCUGGACCUGGUGCCCAACGUUACCUUGGCAGACUCGCAAACUUUAAAGUUAGAAUACUGUUACGUGAACAGCAGCUUUGCCACCAUCUCCGAGAGGUUGGGCAUGUCAAAUGUGACCUAUUUGAUUUAUGAACUUAUGGCAACUGAUGACAAGUACAAAAACAUCACUUUAGAGAGAGACAGUCUUUACGGUAUGAGCGAGUUGGAGCGUCUCAGUUUGUCUUAUUGCAAUUUGGACUGGGAUCCAGAGUUUUUGGUUCAUAGUCCAGACUUGCGCAGGCUGAUGUUAUCCAAGGAUCACAUUAAGGAUUUUAAUAUUAAUUUAGAGCACGUGCCCAAGCUGCAAGUUCUGGAUAUAUCCGAUAAUGAGAUAACUAAGCUGGAAGAAGGGGUUUUUGAUAUGGUGCCUAACUUAUCGGUUAUUUACAUGUUUAACAAUAAACUCACCAGUUUGACAAGGAAUGUGUUUAGGAACUUGAGCAAGUUGGAGCUGCUGGAGUUGUCUAAAAACCAGAUCAGCCAUUUGCCAGAAGACGCUUUUGCCGAGCUAAGUAGCUUAGUCAACAUCAGCUUGCGGAGCAAUAGGAUCCAGUAUGCACCAAAGGACUUAUUUCUCAGAAACCCUUUGGUGGAGAACAUCAGGCUCGACUUAAACCCUAAUAUAGUGCUGGCAGACUAUCUGUUCGCCAACUUAAGCAAACUUCAAACAAUCACCUUACAAAUGAACAACAUGUCAAGUAUUCCAGAGCAACUGUUCCAGAAUAGCAAUAACCUUAAGGAAAUUUACUUGCAACGCAACAACUUACAGCAACUACCAAGCGACUUGUUUAACCACUUAAGCAAGUUAAAAAUCCUGGAUCUAUCCGGAAACAAGUUGACCGCGUUGCCAAACGAUAUGUUUUCCACGCUUACCAACUUGGAACGGUUAAACCUCGGCGGGAACAAGCUGACUGAGAUCAACAAGCUUUUGCUAAGGAAUUUAGAAAACUUGAAACAUUUGAAUCUUCAGCAUAACAGGAUCGCGGCGAUCGAAUCGAGCGCGUUUGCCAGUUUUAUGGAUAGCCUGCUCACUUUGGACGUCUCUUAUAACGAAUGGGAUAAUUCGGUGCCACACGGCUUUAUAGAUUUUUCACCGAUUAAUCGACUGCUCAGGAUCGAAGAGAUGAACUUGAAGCACAAUAAAAUCAAACAUGUUCCCGCUUUGGAUGUGAUGCUUCACUUGAAGAAGGUCGAUCUUAGUUUUAAUGAGAUCGAGGAUCCACAGAUCUAUUAUUUGGCUCAGCGUCGUCCCGAUCCAGUGGAAAUCGACUUAACCUACAACCGGAUCGAAGUCGUGUUUCCCCCCAACGCCGUAAUAAAUAACUGGAAACUAAUACACGAGGCGAUCGAUGAGUACGGUAACGCUUAUAACGUGCCACCGAACCAGAAGGUCGUAUUAAAAAUUCAAGGGAAUCCGAUCCGUUGCGACUGCACCAACUUCAACCUGGUGCGGUACAACUGGGACGACUUCAAACUGUUGAAGACUUUGGUGAAGAUUGACCAGAAGGAUUUGGUCUGCACAGGCAGCCAAUUUCCGGUUUUGGAAUUGAAACCUACAGAGGUGAAUUGUUCGGUGGAGCGGGGGUGUCCCGGCAAGUGUAAUUGUGCCUUUAGGCCGUACGAUACGGCUUUGUUGGUGAACUGCUCGCGCCAAGGAUUAAAGACUUAUCCAAUGUUGAACGAUAUUAGUACAUCGGAACGGUACAAUCAAACUACUUUGAUUUUAAAUGGGAAUAAUUUGACCCUCGGUCCUCUGGACGUGACGGCGUAUGGCAACAUCACUAUCCUGGAUCUCUCCAAUAAUUCCAUCAGUAAUAUAUCUUGGAUCCCCCCCAAGCUUCAGAUGCUUAACCUCAACUACAACAAACUGAAGACUCUGGACUCACGUUUUGUGGACAAAUUAAGGAACUUGACUAGUCUGAAGUCCGUAAGGUUGAAGGGCAACCCUUGGGAGUGCACCUGCGCACUGUCGCAUUUGCAAGAAUUUAUUUACAAGAACUUUCACAAGGUGAACACCUCCGACGUGUAUUGCGAACACCAACAACAAGAACUAAUAAAACUAACAUCGCUCUGCAGAUCCUCGCCGUAUCUUACCAUACUCUUACCGGUAAUCCUGAUCGUCUUACUCUGCUUCUCCAUUUCCAUAGCCCUAUACUAUCGCUACCAAACCGAAGUGAAAGUUUUUCUCUAUUAUAAGAACUUCUGCCCCUGGUUGUUUUCCGGCCUUUUCACCGAGGAGGACUUGGAUCCCUUUAAGGAGUUCGACGCUUUCCUGAGUUUUUCCAAUAAAGACGUGGACUUCGUGGCGAAACUGGUCCACGAACUGGAAAACGGCGACGAUAUCCAGUUCAAAUUGUGCCAUCACGGGAAAGACUUUCGACCGGGCGAGACCAUCAUCAGUAACAUCGUUAAAAGUGUGGAAAAGUCCCGUAGAACGAUCAUAGUGUUAUCGAACAAUUUCCUGGAAAGCCAAUGGGCGUCCAUGGAGUUCGUUAUGGCACACACGAAAGCGAUGCAAGAACCGACCACCAAAGUGAUCGUGAUCAUUUACGGGGAUCUGGAUCGGGAUAAAUUGAAGAGUAAUCAACAGUUAAAGGAGCUGGCAAGUUAUUUGGAAACGAACACUUACCUGGAGUGGGGAGACAAGUUGUUCUGGCACAGGUUGAAGUACGCGCUGCCGCAUAAGAAACACGGAUUUUUCCGGAAAAACCGGAAACAUAACGAGCUGAUGUUGAAAAUCGACGAUAAGUUUAAUCCGGUAAAGAACCCACCCAGUCCGGCUAAUACAAGCACCCCACCGAUUAUGACUCUGGAUGCCGGUUUAUUGGAGAAUAAAUUGCAUGAUAUAGUUGAAGAUCCCUUAUUGAAUAAGGGGUUUUGUGGCACAAACCCGUGCUAAAGGUUAGAUUUAGAGGGUGGAUUUUAACUGUGAUACUUCAUUUGACAGGGAGGGUUUGUGCCAAAAUUUGCUCACAUGUGGAUUCUCUGGCAAAAGACGGGAAUUGCUAAGAGUUACUUUAGACUAUGCCAUAUUUGGCUGUACGUCCAUACCUAUAUUUUGUAUUUUUUUUUAUAUUAGUUUUAAUGUUCUACGUGUUAUGUUAUUAAUAAUGUAAAGUUUACGAACAAAUACCAUCAGCAUUUUUUUUUUAAUUGGUUUUACAGUUAAUAGAUUUCGUUUAUAUAUUUUUUUUGUUUAAAUAUACUUUUGUAAAUAAUAAUAAAAAAUCUGACGAUA